UUUUUUUCCUUCCUCUCUCUCUCUCUCUAUUUCCUCUGUGAUGUACGAAGCACGUUAAUGGCGGCUCCUUAUUUCACACAAAUCAAAAUGACAGCAUCUUCACUAAACCCCCUCAUGUAUUCCUUUCUCAUCUUCUCUCUACUAACGUUUUCUCUCCUCUCAUUCGUCUCCGCCAUCUUCUUUCUUCACAAAGCUUCUCUCCGCAGAGCUGCUCUGUAUGGACAGAAACUCAUAUCCGAAUCAGAAGCUGAACUCGAACCAGAAUCGAAUCCUUGCGAGAUUUCGGACGUAGCCCAGUACCAGACCCGCGAAGAUGAUGGCUCGACCCAUUUGACGAAUUCGCGUCUGUACGAGUUACUGCUCUCCGAUAAGAAGGAUGAAUCGGACUGGGAGGAAGAUGAAGGAGUGUCUGCGAAGAAGAAAAAGAAGAGGAAGCGAGUUAAGAAGAAGAAACCAGAGCUAAAAGGGGGAGACAAAGAUGAACCCGGCGCCGAAAAGCAGGCUGGCGAGAGAGAUACCAUGUCUCGCUCGAUUUCGAUUCCGGAUACCAAACCGGAGUUUGUUUGUUUGUACCCUUUUACCUCGACGAGCAGUGCUACGCAGAGGAAGAUUAAGCAGCAGUACGAUCAGCUCGUCAUAUGCAAUACUGCCAAAGGAUUGACUCUAGCUCAGGUUGGGGAGUUUGCUAAUUGUUUGAUAGAAGCCAAAAAUGAACUACAACACAAGUCACAAGUAAUCAAGCGCAAGUUUUCGAUAACAAAAGCCCUUCUCUUCAAGGCGGAUAGAUCAUCCUUUGACCGACUUCGUCAACAGAUCUAUAAGCUGGAGAUGGAACAAAAAAGAGUAGAAGAAGAUGCACUUGUAUAUAAUUGGCUCCAGCAACAGCUAAAACUUUCACCUGCAUACAAAAAGGUUCUUGAAAUAAGCGCCUCCAUGGAACUCAAAGACAAAUCAAGUACAGAGUUAGACAAUCCAGAUGAUGAGUUUUCAGACAUCUCCUUCGAAGAGCUAUUGGAACAGGAGAAGAAAGACUCCUUUUGGCAUAAAAAUGGAAGACUGCGAACUUGCAGAACAUGAUUUGGUGGGAUUGUAACUGCCGUGAGUUCAACAGGGAAACUGAAGCCUUUAUGUUCUCUCCUUUUUGGUGCUGUGUAUAGAGAGACAAAACCAGCUUCCUCCAUAGGUGUAAAGUCCUCAGACACAAUGAUUUUCACAUACCCGGUUUUCAAAUCGAUUUUUGUGGGUUCGGUUUGAAUCAAAUUAAUUCGGUUAAUAUGGAUUGAACCAAGUCCAAA